AUGCGCUUCUCUGCCGCCUUCGCAGCCUUAGCUGUUGCCUCGGCCCAGGUCCAGGGCCAAGCUACCAACAACACCUUCAAAUCCGCCAAGGACAUAAAUGUUAAUCCCCAGUCCGUCGGGCUGAAUGUGCGAGGCAAGUAUCUUCUCGCCAUUGACCCGGGCCAGACAAACAGUUGCAAUACUCUCUGCGGGGGCGAAACUUCCGAGAACAAUUGCAAAGAGGCGGAUCUUUCGUACGAUUGCAUUUGCACCUCCAAUCACUCGGAGCCUGGACUAGAGUACUACACGCAGACCAUGCCAUACUACAAAUGCCAGUACGCUUUGUCGGAUUGCAUCAGCGCCAACGCUGGUAACGCCCAGGGCCAGGACGCCUGUAACAACAACAUCAAGCCUCUCUGCCCCAAGAACGACCCUCCCAAGAGCCUUGUUAGCAGCGGCAAAGAUGACGGCUCCUCUUCCACCACGGGUGCUUCCCAGCCUUCUAAGACGAGUGGUGGCAGCGCCGAGGUGACUUCUACCAGCUCCAGGGCCUUUGCCGGCCCUACCUUGGCCCCUAUGGGCAACGGGGUCUUUGUUGCUGCCAUGGGUCUGAUGGCUUAUCUGCUCUAG